UACUUGUUUCAGCCAAUAGUUAGCCAGGAAUCGCCGAGUUCUACCUCGUUGGAAUCAAACGGCUUUUAGCUGCGUGCCGUUCUGUCGACGGACUGCGCAAAACAUGAAGCAGAUAUUUCUUACAAUCAGCGUAGAUCGAAACGGCAAGUAAGAUUCAUUGCCUUCUCAUUGUCGGAGAAGGAAAGAACGGAGUAGCAGACCUUGAGUUUCAUUUUUCUCAAACAUUUACUGUGAAAUGAAAUUACUGUACGAGCGAUGGAUCUUGGAGUAUUCUGACUGAAUUUCGUAAUCCCUGAAUAACGAACUAAUCCAUCGGUGGCUCCUCACCAACCAAAGAAGAAUUUGAAAUCCACAGAAAGUUCGACAGAAAGAAGAACUUACGAAGAUGUACUUGUCGCUAGAGAUGACGAUUCGCUUCGUACAAAUAUCGUCGAGACUGAUGUUCGGUUGGCCGUUGCCUCUUGGGGCUAAGCGUAUCAUCAUCCUGAAACGUCAGAUUUUGAAGCUCUUAUCGUCAACUCAUAUGAUAAUCAUAUUUUUAUCACAGAUAUACUAUGUUUACCGCAACAGAGAAGACCGCCUCAACAUGUUCUUGUGCAUGACAGAGUUGUCGGCAAUAUUUGGUACGAUGUCAAUUGUCUUCAUCUGUCAUAUCGACGAAGACCGCCUUCGAGCAUUGAUAACCGAAAUGACGACGUUCGUGAGAAAUGCUACGGAUCAAGAAUUAGCUGUGAUUCGGUUCAACAUGAGAAAGUGUUCAUUACUCCAUACAAUGGUUAUGGCAGUGAUCUUUCCCGGUGGGAUUGUGUACCUUUUGGCACCCAUUCUUCUACCUCAGCCCUUACCGAUUAAGACCGCAUACCCGUUUUCAAUAGAGCCAUUUUGGAUUUGGGCUCUUCUGUACGGCAUAAAUGUUUUCAUUAUCCUCCAAGUUACAUCCACAUUGUUUAUGAGCCUGAUCUUCGUUGUUUUAACCUGGUUCACCGCUGCCAGAUUUGAUAUCCUGACCACGGAAAUCGAAAGGGCGAGCAACCUGAAUGAAGUCAACAGAUGUGUUCGACAUCACCAAGAAUCGCUAAAGUAUGCGAGCAGACUGUCGAAGACUGUGGGUCGUAUAGCUUUAGUGGUGGCCGCAUCGAACUUCACUGCAGUUAUGUUUGGAGGAGUCGUGAUCACUUUUAAGCAAUUCUACUCACUUGAUUUCGUCAAGGUGGUGGCCUUCGAGAUGGUAUCCAUGGUCCAUCUUUUUUUGUACGCCUGGCCAGCGGACUACUUGGCUCUGUUGAGUCAACGAGUAUCGGAAUCCGUUUUACAUGGCCAGUGGCUAGGCAAAUCGCCUAAGAUGCAACGCUCGGUAUUGAUUAUGAUGCAAAGGGCCAAUGAUCCAGUCAUAAUCAAAGUCGACGGCCUGCUUCCUGCCUUGAACCUGGAAACGUUUGGAGUUGGGUUAUCAACCAGUUUCUCGUAUAUCGCAACGCUUCUCGCUAUUUUCGGCGAGUGAAUACGGAAGCAGAUAAUCCGCAGGAUCGCAACGAUUUUGUUGCAUCACGACACGUACCCAAUUUUCUGUAUAUCCGCUGGUCUAGUAAUUCAAACCCAGCAGUCGGGCAUCGAAAAUUUCAUUCGACUGUGAUUCUCCGAUUUCAUUUCACAUGACGAGGUGAUCAUACCCACCUAGUCUGAGGUAUAAGAGGAAAAGCAGACGGUUCAAAUUUUUCAUUCGUCUUCGAAUUGCUUGGUGAAAAUUUGGAGAAUAGCCGGUGUAUUGUAACGAUACUUUUCAAUAAAACAUAACAGGAACGUGAAAUAUC